AUGCGGUCGCAACGGAAAGUUUCAGAUGUCCAUGCGAUAGAGAUUGAUCUAGCCGAUGAUUCUAGAAUAAAACCUAAGGCCAUAUUUGAGUACAUGAGCAGGCAAGCAGGUGGAAAAGAAAACAUUAGGUUUAUCAAACAAGAUCAAAAGAAUUACCUCCGAACAAAACGUCAGCAUGACUUAUCUUAUGGUGAAGCUGAUCCAAAGGUAUUAAUAGACUAUGCUCAUUUUGGUGAUGUAAUUAGCUUUGAUACAACAUUUUGUACUAACAAAGAAUAUAAGCCAUCCAGUGCGUUCUUGGAAGUCCAUGGGCAAAAGAAACCAUUAACCAUUUCUACCGAUCAAGAUGCUGCAAUGGAAAAUGCGAUAUCUGAGUAUGAGGAAGUAAUAGAGUUUGAGAAUGCAUGGAUGAAAUUACCUAGUGAUCAACUAAUUACAGAUUCUUCAUGGUUAGAUUAUAUAUAUGGACUCAAAGAGAAAUGGGCUAAGUGUUAUAUGAAGAAGGCUUUCACCAUAGGUAUGCGAAGUACACAACUCAGUGAGAGUUUGAAUGGUGAUUUGAAGGAUUACUUGAAAUCCAGUUUGGAUCUUGUUCAGUUUUUUAAACAUUUCGAGAGGGUGGUGAAUGAUAAGCAUUAUAAUGAGUUGAAGGCGAAGUUUGAUGCAAGAAAUAAAACUCCAAGAAAUAUCUUUCCCAUGUCACCCAUUAUGAACCAAGCGUUAGAAAUUUAUACUCCUAAAAUAUUUGAAGAACUUCAACACAAGUAUAUCUGGAUUACUGCUUGUUUUAUUAAAUUUCAGAAGGAGAGUGCUACCAUUCAUAACAACAUAGUUGUUUUUGUUGACAGAGAAUGGAAUUUUAACGUCGAGUGUAACCCAGUUGGCCCUACUAUUGCAUGUAGUUGUAGGAAGUUUGAGACUUUUGGAAUUCUGUGCUGCCAUGCUUUGAAAAUAUUUGAUGUGCUUGAUAUCAAGUUCAUUCCUGCAAAUUAUGUGUUGAGGAGAUGGACACGGGGAGGAAGAAGCAUGAUAGUUAAAGGUGAUAUUGGAACCUGA